GAAUGGGGAGCACCUGCAGGCGAUAGCCGCGACCGGCGGAGUGGGCGGCAAGGCGGUCCAGCCCUCCACCGUGCUGGGCAACCUGCUGCGCGCGCUGACGGAGGGCAUGCCGGUCAACCUGCGGGGCUUGGCCGCCGAGGCGCCCAGUGCCGGCUGCGCGAAGCCCCCAGACGAAACCGAGUGGGAGAAGAUCGAG